UUUGAGGAGGCUCGUGAUGCCGAUGAUGCUAUUCGUGGUAGCGAUGGCUACGAUUUUGAUGGGCACAAAUUACGGGUGGAACUUGCCCAUGGUGGUCGAGGCAGCUCAUCUUAUAAAGAUCGUUAUAGCAGUCAUAGCAGCGGUCGUGGUGGUCGGGGUGGUGGAGUUUCUCGACGGUCUGAUUACAGAGUUUUGGUGACUGGUUUACCCUCUUCUGCUUCAUGGCAAGACCUCAAGGAUCAUAUGCGUCGCGCUGGAGACGUUUGUUUCUCCCAAGUUUUUCGGGAGGGUAGUGGCACCACCGGGAUUGUGGACUACACAAACUAUGAUGAUAUGAAAUAUGCUAUACGGAAAUUGGAUGACCCUGAGUUUCGGAACGCGUUCUCACGUGGAUACAUACAUGUGAAGGAAUAUGAUUCAAAAUAA